UAAUAUUUUAAUGUUCAAAGUUUAAAAUUAUUCGUUUGGUUUGAAAUAGUAUCCGUUCGCCAUUCGUUGGCUAUUUCUAAGAUUCUCUGAACAAGCAACAAUAGGCACCGAGAAAAGAAACAUUUGGCGCGGAACUCAAUGCUUGAAUACAAAACAACGCGAAACCGUGACUCCGUUGACACAUAAAUGCGCGUUUUACACGGUUGACAUGCAUGCUUGCCACAAGCUUCAAUAAUUGCAAGUUUUCUGGUAUUUCUCAUAACGUUCUCCUAAACUUGUCGUACGUCGUAUUAUAUCUUUAACAGCAUGCCAGUAAUAAAGUGUUUCUAAUCAAGCUAUACUUUGAUAUAGAAAAUUCUUUUUCUAUUUAUAUUGUAUAUCAGUUGUGAAUGUUCUGAAACAAAUAAAUUCAUGAAAUUCAUCAAUUUUUAAUACUCUUUUAAAUAAGUUUUAAUAUUGAUUGUGCACCAUAGAUAAAUUCAAACGAGAGAGAAUCUCGUUAAAGCAUCGUUAAAACAAUAAUAAGUGACCACGUCUUUUACAAUCGACAGAUACAAACCGAUCCAAACUCUGAGUCACGUACAAAUGUUACAAUUCGACAAAUAUUUGUAGGGAAGCAAUGCUUGAGACGUUGCACGGGUUAUUAGAGUCCAGCUAGUAUAUAUAGUUAGAUGCUAGGAAGCCUCAUAUACUAGACUUCUAUUAUUACACCGGGUCGCUCGCUUAGACUCAGUCGAUGUUGGCUCCCUGAACCGUGAGAACGCUUCGUCGAACACCUGAGAACGCCGGCGAUCCGUGCCGCGCUCAGUCGUCUUCGAGAGCGUCGAACCGCUCGUGUCUACGGAGGACGUGCCUCCGUUCGUGCUCCAUCUUCGAAACUUCAGCUCUUUACAAGUCCGUACACGUGAAUCCAUUGGAUAAUACUUGCUACAAUGCCUUACUACGGUGACGGUUUAUCCCCCUAUUACUAUGGGGGACCUUUCUCCAAUCACAGUUCAUUGAUGACUGGUGCUCCACGACCGCUUCAUUCGCCGCUCUCUCGAUACUCGCCGCAUCUGUCGACGAUCACGGAGUCCCCGUUGUCCACUCUACGUCGCUACUCACCCGUGGCGAUCCCCACGCGAUCCAGACGCGUGAUCGACACCGCGGAUAUAGACGUGUCGACGCCCAGAACCCUGUCGCAGGAUGGUGGCAAUCACCAAAGAAAUCGUCUACGACGCGACAGGCCCACGAUCAAGAUCAGGUGUCAAGCGUUGAAGGAUAAUCCCGCUUUGCGGCAGCACAACGAGAAGCACGAGAAAUCCGUGGGUGAAUUGUUGGUGGAGAAGUUUUUGAUCAAGGACAAGAAGUUGGAAGACGAGGAGAAGCAGCGUCUCCAGCAACAUCUGUUCCAUCAGAUCAGUCUGGACAGGGGGGAGGGGAAGGAGAAGGAGGGGAAGAAAGAAGAGGAGGAGGAGGGGAAAGAGGAGGAGGAGGAUCGUGACCUGCAACAGGUGAAAAAUAAAAUUACGAGAAGGUUUACAAGGAGACGAUCUUCGGCGGAUAUUCAAUUGGAUGCUGAACAGAUAGAGAGGAAAGUGGCUUACGCUCAGGUCCAGGCAAAGGUGUUGGACACGUUGGUGGCUGAAGAGCAAGCGGAGAUUGAGAACGAGGUCCGUAGAGGGACGUUGAUCAACAAGGGGAAGCGAAAACCUGUCCCGAGCUUCUUCAGGAACGUGGAUGGUGAUUCCGUGUCGCAGAGCGAGGAGGAGGCCACGGCACAAAAGAUGAGAAAGACGUUGAAGAAGAUGAAGAAGAGGAAGAAAACCAUCGAGAAACCUUCGCCACCUGAAACGAACGAGAGUUCAAGGGUGUGCAAUAUCUCGAGCGACGUAUCCGAUUCCAGGACAAGUGAAAAUGAGGGGAAAAUUGAUGAGGAUUCGAGAUGUUCCCAGAAGAUGUUGGAGGCCGGUAACAGCAUUGAGGAUUUCUCCACAGCCGUCUGGGCGAACGGUGGAAGCGUGGAACAGUUCAGGGAGAGCGUGAGGAUACCGAUCCCUAAAAAGAUAGAAAAGUUAGACAGGCACGAUGUCCAAGAAGAGGAAGAGGAAGAAGAAGAAGAAGAAGAAUAUGAAACGGAAGUUGUGUUACCUGUGAAGAAGCCUUACGUGAAGGAUACCUCGAGGAACAGCGUGUACUUCACGGUGAAGACACCUCCGGAUUCGACGAAGAACGACCCCCUGAAGAAAUUAGAAAGCACAAAGGCGGGGAAAGGGGAUAAGAUUAAUAAUCGGAUCUUCUCCCUGGAUGUGAAAACUGAUACGAGCCUGAAAUCAAAACCUGUUGAGGAUAAAAUGGUUGGGGAGCAAAAGAAAACGGUUGGAAUUCCCGAGGGAACGAAAUUCGAAGGAUCGAUGGAGGAAAAGAUUGCGGGAAGGAAGGAGAUUAUCGAUAAGUCGACGAUAAGUCCGUCAUCAAGGAUCGAAGCGAAGAACGUGACGCCAAGUGUUGACCCGUUGGCGAGCGAGAGCAGCGCCAGCGAAGCGCUUCCAUCGGUCGCGGACAGGCUGCCAAAAGCGUCUAAAAUUAAUACGGAUGAAAAUAAUGCCGUAGAAGCGCCAAAGCGUGUGUUACGAGAAGCGCAGUACCUGGCAAAGCCGACGAAAGCCGAGCGUGGCGAGGACGUGGUGGUAUCUAAGUUGUCGGAAAAGAAGGUGGACAAAGCCGUGACCUUGAACGCCACCCGCGCACCGGGCACCACUGCUUGUGGGACGGCGGCGAAGAUAGGUCAACCCGCGGUUGACUAUUCAGAGACCCUGGAAAAAGAUAAUACAUCGUCAAACGAUCGUUCUUCCGUGGAUGACGCAAGCGGGCAACUCGUGACUAAAAAGAUUAUUCUAGAGGGUCCCAAAGGUGAUACGCAAAAGAGGGAGGUGAAGAUCGAGGAAGGAUCUAUCGGGAAGGAUGAGGUGAAAGGAAGCUGGUCGGGUGAUAGGAAAAUGGUUAAACUGGAGAACGAGGGAAUUCCGAGAUCGCUCUUCAAAGUGGCGACGAAAAAGACUGAGAUCGACGAAGAGGGGAUUAAUAAAGCGGCGUUGAAGGGCGUUAACUUGCAGUGCACGCCAAAGAUUGAGGAAGGGAAUAAAGAAUCGAAGAUUCCAUGGAGGGACAAAGUUUCCAAGGUCAAUAGCUAUGGGGAUAAUAGUAAGGUUGCAUCGGAUAGAAGUAUAAGCGUCGAUUCUAAGCCCGUUUCGAUCAAGCAGUCGACGAUGGAUCAAAAGUCCUUGAAACAAUCCAUUUCCGUGGAUGAGAAUUUGACGAGCAAAAUAAAUUUCGAGAAACCGAUUCUUAAUGGAGAAGUCCAAGGAAGCUUGUCCAAAAGUACGUCUUCGGAAUCUAUAGAUUUCUGGAGCGAGAUCAAGGGACCGGACAGCCCUAAAGCGGGAAAGUUGUCCAACAAGGGAUUCAGUUUCAUCGGUUCCAAGAGCUCGGAGCCAGGUCAAGGGGUUGAGGACCUCGGAGGCGGGCAACUGGACAAGAAAAAAGAGACCGAUCCUAAAAUAAGCGUCGCCACUCCGCCGACCGAGCUCAGUAAUAUCCACGUAAUCGAGGAGGAACGGAAGACCGAGGAGAAUUCGUUGAAAUCCAAGACCGAACGGACAACCACAUCCACCACUGAAACGCCUUCAACCACCACGGAGAGACCUGAAUUGGAUAAAGAUGAUUCGAUUCCUAAGAAAGGGUUAAAGAAAAAGAAGAAUCUGUCCAUAGAUAUCAAUCAAAUCCAGAUAGAAGCUUACUCUACGGUAAAGAAAGCUCCUCUGAAGAGGGAAGAUUCCUCGGCAUCGACCAUUUCUUCCAAAUCGGUUACCAGCACUCCGGAUACCUCCGUUCCAGCUUCCGAAGUUUCUACCCCGAUCGCAGAGAUCUCUGUGCCUAUAAUAAAUAUCGAAAACGUGUCCACACCGGUCAACCUCGAUUCUCAAAUUUUGGACGAGGAAAAUGAGCCCAAAACACCUACUAACGAAUGGGCGGACAUUGAACAAUCGAAGAUCUCCAAGUGGAAUAAUCAGAACGAUCUGUCCAAUCUUAACUGUGUUGAGAAAGAAGUCGUUCAGCUCGAACCUUCCAAGGAUAUCAGCUUGAAUAGCAGCCCGGAAGGAAGUCCGGAAUCCUCUAAGAAGAAAAAGGUGGUCAGAAAAAAGAAGUCUUCUACGAUCAAGAAAAGUUCUACUAAAAAAGAAAGUAACAAAGAUAGCAAAAAGAAUACUGCUAGCAAGAAGAAUUCCUCCAAGAGUCAAGAGACGUUGAAGCCUGUUGAAGCAAAGGCUUCCUGUAAAAAUAGUCCUAAAAACGUGCCUUCUCAACGUCCCCUAGAUCUCAUCAGGAUGUUUUAUACAACUCCAUCAGCAUUAUUAACCGCAACACCCAGAGAUUUGUCUAAAGUUCGUCGAGCCAAGAUUAAGAGAAGAAAGCAUCAUUCCAGGACACCAUCUGUAAGCAGUGAUAGUACCGGAAGUACCACUAGUACAGCGACCACGGAAAGCAGUGGAUCCACGUGUACGGAGCUUGAUGAUGAUCCAGAACACAAGAGAAUGAAUUCUACCAGGAGUAACGAUUCUGGCUUCGAUGGCUCACCAAGGAUAUCCAAUUGCGACAUGGCCUGUCACAAGAAAUGCGAGAAACUGACUGGAAAUCUUUGUGGAUUGAAUCAAAAGCUUGUGGCGGAAGCCUUGCAGUCCCUCAAGAGAGCACCUUCACAGUCGUCGGACAACCAGAGGAAUUCAGACUCUUCAGAUCAUUUCCCCAGUGGAAGGAUCACCCCACCGGCCACAAACCUGCCUAGGUUCAAAAAAUACAACGUGACAGACUUUAACUUUUUAAAAGUCCUAGGGAAAGGUAGUUUUGGAAAGGUGUUGUUAGCCGAACUGCGAGGUACCGAGUGUGUUUACGCGGUGAAAUGUUUGAAGAAAGAUGUGGUCCUCGAAGACGACGACGUGGAAUGUACCUUGAUCGAAAGAAAAGUCCUGACACUUGCCACGAGGCAUCCGUAUCUCUGUCACCUGUUCUGUACCUUCCAGACAGAUUCUCACUUGUUCUUCGUGAUGGAGUACCUGAAUGGCGGCGACUUGAUGUUCCAUAUUCAAAAAUCGGGUCGUUUCCCUGAACCAAGGGCCCGAUUUUACGCAGCAGAAAUCUGGUCUGGUUUGAAUUUCUUGCACAAGAAAGGAAUAGUGUACAGAGAUUUGAAAUUGGACAACGUAUUACUAGAUUACGAAGGGCAUAUCAGAAUAGCCGAUUUUGGCAUGUGCAAGCUACAAAUUUUCCUCGACAGAACCGCCGAUACUUUCUGCGGCACGCCUGAUUACAUGGCUCCCGAGAUCAUAAAGGGACUGAAAUACAAUCAAGCGGUCGAUUGGUGGUCGUACGGCGUGCUUCUGUACGAGAUGCUCACGGGACAGUCGCCAUUCUCCGGUUGCGACGAGGACGAGCUAUUUUGGAGUAUAUGUAAUGAAAGACCGUUCAUACCCCGUUACCUGAGCCAAGAUUCAACUGAUAUAUUAAUCGCCCUUUUGGAAAAGGAUUCUGGGAAAAGGCUUCCUGGCCACGAAAUCGCUUUGCACUCCUUCUUCCAAACAUUACCGUGGGAUAGAUUAGAAAGGAGGCAAUUGGAACCACCUUUCAAACCAGCUUUGGACCAUACUUUAGAUACCAAGUAUUUCGACACAGCGUUCACAGCUGAGAGACCGCGACUGUCUCCUGUACCUGAGCAAAUCCUUGCUUCCAUGGAUCAAGGCGUUUUCCGAGGAUUUUCUUAUACAAAUCCAAAUUCGAGGAUGUUCAGCUCGUUGAGACUGACCAGUAUGCGCUCGCACAAAAAUCGUGCUAGGCCAGGAAGCGUGGCCACGUCCGCCAGUUCAGAUUCAGCUCGACCAGACGAAAUCUCACCCCAGUCUUAUUAUCCGUACAGUUUUUUGCUAUUAGAUGAUCAAGAUGCUCCUGUAUCCACUCCUUCCAGCGUAUCCUCCAAAGUUGCCCAAGUAAGGGUGGAACGUGAAGGGGGAAGUCUCGGAGUUACCCUCAGAGGUGGAGUUUCCAGAGCUUUAGUGGUUACUGGAGUGAAGUCCGAUGGGCCAGCGGCUAAAGAAGGAAGAGUCAGGCCUGGAGAUAGAUUGUUAGCUGUAGAUGACACUGAAUUGAGGGGUCUGACCUUAGCAGAAGCUCAAAGGGCGCUUAGGAGGAGCUCUGAUGCUCCUGUAGCUUCUUUGACUAUUGAAUACGAUGUUGCUAAUAUGGAAGAAGCGAGGGCAGCUACUUCCGGUCCCUUGUUGGUGCAAUUAGAACGUGGACUCUCGGGAGAAUUAGGCCUGACGGUGAGAGAAACGCCAAACGGAGUGUACAUUGAAAGUUUAAGACCAGCAAGUACUGCAGAUCGAUGUGGAGCUUUGCAACCUGGCGAUAAACUGUUGGCAGUGGACGAAACUCCUGUCCAGGAUGCUGUGACGGCUGCCAAAUUACUCAGAAAUAAUUAUGAUUCCCGCAUAGCUAGAUUGCAGAUCUUACCUAGACCUCCCAGUGCCUCGCAGAGAACCGUAAAAAGAAGAGCGCAACCGCAGGCGCAGCAGACUUCUAAUCAGACUUUGCAGACUACAGAAAGCCUAACUGUAGUCCUCAGACCUGAUCAUAAGGGAUUUGGUUUAGCUUUAAAGCUCACCGACGACCGUUUAAAUUAUAUUGUUAGUCUAUUAGAAGCUGGAGGUCCGGCAGAACGCAGUGGAGUACUCCUUCCUGGAGACAAAGUGCUUGCAAUUAAUCGUAAAAUGCUUCGAGAUCUUCAACCAGCUGAGGUUACUGGUAUCUUGGAAACUUCUCAAGUAAUGGAAUUGGUGAUAGAAUACAAAGUUGGUGGACCAGUUGUACCUAGUUCAGGAGUAUUCACAGUGCGAGUGGCAAGACCUGUAGGGGGGCAGCCUGAUGUAGGUCUCACAGUGAAUGAAGAUUUGAUCAUUAGUGAGGUUCGCAAGGGAUCUUUAGCUUACAGAACUGGCAGCUUAGCACCAGGAGAUAGAUUACUAGCAAUAGAUGGGCAAAAACUAGAUCCUGGUGAUCUCCGACAAGCCGCACAAUUGUUACAUCGACCAGGAAGCUCCGUUAUCUCUCUGACUGUGAGAAAACCGAAUCCUAUUUCAGAAACAAGAGAGUACUGCAAGGACUCGAUCAUAGGUAGCGACUCAGUGCAACAAUAUUCUCCAGGAAUUCUUCGACCGGCUAGAGAGAGUCUACCAAGCGUAGACAGUGCAGUGGAUUCUUGGGGAGAACUGGGAGAGAAUAAUGGAACAGGCCCGGAGAUUCUAAGGCUUUGGGAUACGGCUUCUGUGGAUAGUGGACAAUUGGAACUAUCUAUGCCUCCUUAUCCUGGACCACAAGAAUGCAAUAAUCCAGAUAGACCACAACAAAUAGUCCAUGUCUCUUUGCAUAAAGAUCCAGUAUAUGAGGAUUUUGGCUUUUCAGUAUCUGAUGGUCUAUAUGAACGUGGAGUUUAUAUAAAUCGUCUUCGACCUGGAGGACCGUGUGACGGUGUUUUAAAACCUUAUGACAGAAUUCUUCGAGUAAACGAGGCUAGCACGGAAGAUUGUGACUGUUGUUUGGCUGUUCCAUUGAUUGCUGCGGCUGGUCCACGUUUAGAUCUCACCAUAGCACGAUCAGUAUCUCCUCCUAAUAUUAUAAAAACUCUGUAAAGGAGAGCAAAUCAAAGUGUAAUGUGGAAAAUGGUGGUGAAUAUAUCUGGUAUAUUUUUGUACACACCUGUAUUUUAUUUAUAAAAAUAAAUGUAUAGAUUGCUUUUAGCUA